AUGGUGUCAGGCCUAGUCGAUGGCGCGGUGCGCUUCGCGUUUGAGCAUUGCAAGUUGUCGUCUCGUUUUGGUGGUGUGUGGUUUGCUUGUCCGUCGCUCUAUGUAUGCUUUUCGUUUCUCUCAUGGGCUGGCGUAUUAAAAGGAAUGGGAGGAGCGGGAGGAGCAGGAAUAGGAGGAGGAGAAACAGGAGGGGGAGGAGGGCAAACGGGAGGGGAGGAGGGCGGCAGGAGGCCUGGAGGGCGGCGCUACGUGCCGCCACUGGCUGACGUGAUAGCGAACGUGACGGGCGGCAGGGACCGUCCCAUUGUGGUGGUCACGGCUCGUGCUGUGAACCUGGAAUUCGUUCACAACUGGUACCUGUCAGUGCGGGGCAAGCGCAUGGGGCGGCGGGUGCUGUUCAUAGCAGAGGAUUACCACUCCUUCCGCCUGCUGAACCGCCAGUUCCCCAUGCGGACCGCCCUUAUCGUCACUCCCAAGAAGGACCAGACAGCAGGCAUUGAGGACCGGCGCCCAUGGCAUUUUCUUCUCCUUCUGCAGCACAACGUUUCCUUCCUCUACAAUGAUCCGGACAUGGUGUGGUUGCAGCUGCCCUUCGGUUACUUCAACGGUGAUUUCGACCUCUGGGCUGCCUCUUCCGCUGCCACCUUUGACGCACCUCAGCAGCCCACCGACGACGCCGCCCCCUCCACCAACCACCACCUCCUCCGCCCCACACCUCUCCCACCCAACCAACCGCUCUCCACCGCUCUGCUUUUCUUCCGAGCGUCCCCUGGCGCCAGGGCGGUGGUGCAGGGGUGGCAAGCGGAGCUCAAGUUUAUUGUCAUGAAGAUGAGAAAGCUGGGCGUGCCGAUUAACCAGAGCGAGGGCGCGUUCAAUCGCGCGGUUCGAGGAGCCGGGAGCGCCGCCAGGGUCGCGCUGCUGCCGCAGUUGCUGUUCCCGUCGACGGCUCUUUAUUUCAGCAAUCCCUCAUUUCGCUCGGAUUUGGAGGCGAAGUCAAUUAGACCAGUCGUGCUACACAGCAGCGCAAUUGAAAACAGGCUUGAAAAGAAGAGCCUUUUAAAGAGUCACGGCCUAUGGGUGCUAUCGGAUAAAUGGCAGCCGUUUGCUAUGGGACGCUCCCAAAACAUUGGUGGAUGA